UUAAAAAAACUAAACGAGUCUGGAUCAUACAACAAACCAGUUUGUCGCCGCCGCUCAGAGCUCUCCGACCGCCGCUAAGAGCUCUCCGGCCGCCGCUCAAGCUCUGGCCGCCACUUCAACGUCUCCUUCACAGCUCAUUGAAAUCCCUAACAUCUCAUUUCACUGAACGAGUGAAGGAUUAUCUGUUAAUGGAGGAAGAGUUUGUUGCUUAUCAAGAGCGGCUAAAACCUCAAGAGGAAAAGGCUGAAGAAGAUAGAUCUAAGGUUGAUGAUUUAAGAGGUUCGCCUAUGAGUGUCAGUAACUUGAAGAACUUAUUGAUGAGAAUCAUGCUAUUGUUUCUUCGUCAGUUGGACCUGAGUAUAAGGAUCAGUUGGAGCCUGGUUGUGCUAUUUUGAUGCAUAAUAAGGUUGCGGUUAUCCUAAAUUGUAGCAUUUUGGAUGCAGUUGGCCAGAAAAUGGCCAGCACUCCUGGAGUUAGUGCCACCCUUUUCAAUGCAUUGGCUAAGGCUGUCCAUUCCAGAUUUUAUCUUUCAAGAACCACCAUAGAAAUGGGCAUUAUUGGACCAGGAUUAAUUGGGAGCACACUACUUGAUCAGCUAAGGGAUCAGGUAUAUGAGGAAUGCAUGAUUAUUAAGAUGGGAGCUCAUUAG